CUCCGCCCCUGUGAGGUGAGAGGAAGUAGCCGGAAACAAACAGGCCACACAGACUCGCGGAGCAGAAAUACGUUUUGUCAGAGGAAAACAGUUACAUGUUCAGGCCGGCUCUUUGUCCUGUCGUCUGAGCGUCCGGAUGGUGUAGAGGCAGGAGAACGACCAACGCGUUACGUCGCUGGGAGCGUCUCUCCACGAUGCUGGAACUACGGCGGCCACUUUUCUUCCUUCUUCUCCUCGUCGUCGUCGUCUCGGGCGACUCGGCCGACGACACGGAGGAAACUUACGACAGAUACUACAAAUACGCGGAGCUCACGGGGCGCCUGCAGGCGCUGGCGCGGAAAUACCCGCACAUAGCCCGGCUGUCGAGCGUCGGUCGCUCCGUGGGGGGCAGGGAGCUCUGGGUGAUGCGCGUCACCAGAGAACCCAACGUGGACGCCGCGGGGAAACCCAAAUUUAAGUACGUGGGGAACAUGCACGGCGACGAGACCGUGUCCCGGCAGGUGCUGGUGUACCUGGUGGAGCACCUGCUCACCAGGUACGCAGACGACCAGCGCAUCGCCGAGCUGGUGAACAGCACGGAUAUUUACAUCAUGCCCAGCAUGAACCCGGACGGCUUUGAGGCGGCCGUGGAGGGGGACUGCGUGGGCGACGGUGGGGGUCGCAACAAUGCCAAAGACGUGGAUCUGAACAGGAGCUUCCCCGACCAGUAUGACACGACCACUGUCUAUCCAGAUAACAUCCCCGAGGUCCUGGCUGUGAUCAGGUGGAUCCAGGAAAAUAAGUUCGUGCUGUCAGGCAACCUGCACGGAGGCACCGUGGUCGCCAGCUACCCAUUCGACGACUCGGCCUCUCACCAGGAACGGGGCCACUACAGCCCGUCAGCGGACGACCGUCUGUUUCGCUCCUUGGCCCUUGUGUACUCCCAGAACCACCCCGUGAUGAAGACGGGUCAGCCCCACUGUCCCGAUGCCCCAGAGGAAACCUUUGCCGAUGGCAUCACUAACGGGGCACAGUGGUACGACGUGGCCGGAGGGAUGCAGGACUACAAUUACCUCCAUGGAAACUGUCUGGAAAUCACCUUUGAACUGAGCUGCUGCAAAUAUCCUUUCGCGUCUGAGCUCCAUAAGGAAUGGGAUCUGAACAGGGAGUCCCUAAUAGCCUACAUGGAACAGGUUCACAUAGGUGCUCGUGGGUUCGUGAAGGAUGCCAUUAGUGGUGCUCCUCUCACCAAUGUCAGCAUUGUGGUGGCAGGCAUUCGCCACAAUCUGACUACGGGAACGUAUGGGGACUACUAUCGCCUGCUGCUUCCAGGGACAUACAGCAUCACAGCUGUAGCCCCAGGUUACACACCAAAAACAGUCCACAAUGUCCAAGUCAUAGAGGGUAAAGCCACAGAACUUAACUUUAUGCUGUCACCUGUGGUCGGUGACUCUGCAGCUAGCAUCACUGUGCCUGAGUCCUCCACCCCAUCUACACCCAGUAGUCCCAACAUCACCACCACCAGCUCUACUUACACCACACCCACCCAGGUGGUUCCGUCAGGAGGCGAUACAAGCAGCCCUUCUGUGCCUCCGCCUACACACCGGGCCAUCCAGCCACAGGAAUUCCGUCACCACAACUACGCAGACAUGGAGCUGUUCUUGCGCAAGUACAGCAGCGAUUUCCCCUCUAUUACCCAUCUUUACACUAUUGGCCAGUCUGUGGAAGGCCGUGAGCUCUAUGUGAUGGUCAUCUCAGAUAAUCCCAAAGUUCAUGAGCAUGGUGAGCCAGAGUUUAAGUAUGUGGCCAACAUGCACGGAAACGAAGUGGUAGGCAGAGAGUUGUUACUCAACCUCAUUGAGUACCUGUGCCGUAACUAUGGUACUGACCCAGAGGUCACGGAGUUGGUCAUCAACACCCGCAUUCACAUCAUGCCUUCUAUGAACCCUGAUGGAUAUGAAGUAGCUGAUGAGGGUGAUAAAAACGGCUAUAAAGGACGUAACAACUCCAAGAAUUAUGAUCUGAAUCGCAACUUCCCGGAUCAGUUUACCACCAUCACAGAACCAAGACAGCCAGAGACUAUAGCCGUGAUGAACUGGGUGAAGAGCAUCCCCUUCGUCCUGUCAGCCAACCUUCAUGGAGGUUCCUUGGUGGUCAAUUACCCCUAUGACGAUGACAAGGAUGGGGAAACGCACUAUAGCAGGUCGCCUGAUGACAAGGUCUUUCAGCAGCUGUCUAGGGCCUACUCUCAGGAAAAUCCUCUGAUGCACAAUGGUUACCCUUGUAAGGAGAUGUACCCCUUUGAAUAUUUUGAGGAUGGCAUCACCAAUGGUGCUAACUGGUACAGCGUUCCCGGUGGCAUGCAGGAUUGGAACUAUCUGAACACCAAUUGUUUUGAGGUGACCAUUGAGUUGGGUUGUGUGAAGUACCCUCUGGCCAAGGACUUGCCUAGAUACUGGGAAAUAAACCAUAGAGCCCUGCUCCAGUUCAUACACCAGGUCCACACUGGCGUAAAGGGCACAGUUUCUGACAGUAGGGAUGGCACAGGAAUUCCCAAUGCCACCAUUACAGUGGCAGAGAUAGAUCACAACAUCACCACGGCUCAGACUGGAGACUACUGGAGACUGUUAUCCCCAGGCACUUACUUUAUCACAGCCUCCGCCCAUGGGUAUAAGCCUUCGGGGACCUAUGUGUCUUUGCCCAAGGGCAGAGAAGUAAUGUUAAACUUCAGUCUGACACACAUACACUCAGAUUCUGAUCGCCAGCCUUCGUCACGAUCUGACAAGGAGUUGCUGGACUUAAUCAAGGACCUCUCUCUAAGCGAGGGUUUGGAUCAGUUGGUUAAGAGCACAGCCAUGGAGAACAGGUUCCGCUAUCGACCUUACAAAGAGCUGUUGGGGUUUUUGAAUGUCCUCACUCUUGACUUUCCAAACAUUACAUAUUUACACCGUUUGGGGCAAAGUGCUGAGUUUCGAACCAUUUUGGCUCUGGAAAUCUCCAACAAUCCUAAGAAAUCUGAACCAUCUGAACCCAAAAUCCGCUUUGUAGCAGGGAUCCACGGUAAUUCCCCAGUGGGCACAGAGCUGCUGCUGGAGUUUGCUGCCCUCUUGUGUAUCAACUAUGGCAAAAAUCCGGCCAUCACUACGCUCAUCAACGAGACCAGGAUUGUCAUUGUGCCUUCUAUCAACCCAGAUGGACGAGAGCAGGCUGUUGAGAAGAAUUGCUCCUCAACCAAGGGCUUUAAUAAUACUCGUGGCAAGGAUCUGGACACAGAUUUCUUUGGCAAUGCAUCACAGCGUUUGUUGGAGCCUCAACCAGAGACCAGGGCGAUGAUGGACUUGAUCUUAGACAAAAGCUACACACUGUCUGUAGCGCUUGAUGGAGGAGGCCUUGUCGUCACCUACCCUUAUGACAAGCCUGUGCAGUCUGUUGAAAAUGAGGGGACGUUGAAGUACUUGGCUGGUGUUUACGCCAGCAAUCACCCUAGGAUGCACCUUGGAGCCACCGGAUGCUCAAAGAAUGGACAGGCAGGCAACAUCCCAGAUGGAGUUAUGAGGGCAGCAGAGUGGCAGCAGGGUCAUAUGGGGAGCAUGAAGGAUUUCAGUAUGGACUUUGGUCACUGUCCAGAAAUCACAGUGUACACUGGCUGCUGUUGGUUUCCUCCUGCUGAUCAGCUGGCCACGCUGUGGACGGAGAACAAGAAGGCACUCCUGAGCAUGUUGGUGGAGGUCCAUAAAGGGGUGCGUGGAGUGGUGAGGGACAAGAUAGGCAGGCCCGUUGUUGGGGCGAUCAUCGUACUGAACGGGGGAGUGAGAGUCUUUACACAAGAGGGUGGCUACUUUCACGCACUCCUGGCUCCUGGCAGCCACAUCGUUGAAGCUGUUGCCGAUGGCUACCAAGAGCAACGCCAAGAGGUGGUCGUGUCUGUCUUUGAGGCUGCUACUCUCGUCACCAUUGAGUUUGACAUGGACAACAGCAUAUUUGGGUUGCCCAGGGAGUUUGUGGUGGCCAGUGCAGCUGCCUCCAUGACAGCAUUGCUGGUGACGGCGUGCAUCAUAUGGUGCGUGUGCGCAGCCAAGUCCAAUCAUCAAAAAGAUGGCUUCCACCGCUUGCGACAGCACAGAGAUGAUUACGAUGAUGAAAUCCGUUUAAUGUCUAUGGGCUCGAAGAAGUCCUUGCUUGCCCAUGAGUUUCAGGACGAGAGUGAGAGUGAGGAGGAAACGCUAUAUGCCAACAAAAUCUGAGAAGCAUUGCGCCAGUUUGCCUGUUGGCACAGUAAUAGUUUGUUUGAUCUCUCUGCAAUAUUUUCCCCUGGCCAAUAGGGAAAAUGCUUUUUUUUUCUCCACAAGUGACACAAAGACUGAGAAAGACCCACAUACACACGUUCUGAUUCUCACCUCUGGCCAUAUAGUUACAAGUGCACCUAAAUUAAAACUUAAAGAGCAUCCAGCUGGCGUCUGGCCUGAAGGGGGUUCUCUUUGUUUGCUGCAUCUCUGCUUGCCUGAUUGAACAGGUCGAGCCAUAGAGAAGACAGAGGUUUGGUCUAGUUUGGCUGUCAUGUGUCUCUACAGAGCGUUUUGUCUUUGUUUCCUGAGCCUGGCUGAGGGUUAGACCAAUAAAUCCAAAUGAAUUCUGGAUGAAAGUGCUAAAUGUCAUACAAUCUCCCCACUGAUGUCCAUCAUCAUGAUGUGUUGAUCAAUACUGGUCUGAGUUAGGAAGAUAUUUCAGUUAUUUUCUAUCUGAGACGACAUUGUGACAUUGAAGUGUCUCAGCAAUUGUGAUUCUGUAAAGUGCGACACUGUGCCUUGGCUUCUACAAAAUCUAUUGUCCAGUAGGGUCCUAGAGUGGGACAGGAAGCAGCCACAUUGUAAGUAGAUAUUACUUGGAUUAUGUUGGAAAUUGAUCCACGCUAUUCUCAGGUGGUAGGAAUGAGAGACAUAUUGAUUAAGAGACUGCUGAAUUCCACUUUUGCACUGUUUCUGCACAGGUGACUCUACGCUUGCCGAACUGGGUUCAGUAGUUUUGCAAUUUUCCAGUAAAGUGAUGCUGCCAAAAUAAAAAAAAAAAGAAACGAAACAAAACUGGAGCAAGCUUCGCAAAAGCUUUAAAGCAUCAGGGAGAUCAAGCAAAACCCUUCCCAGUAAGUGCAAGGUGCUCUAACGUAUGCAUGGAGCUCACUUUCUGUAUAAGGAAAGCAAGCGUCAUCUCAGCACUGGCCAAGAAAACGCCUAUGAAACUCACAACAGGCAAAUGUGAGAAGAAUGUAUUUUUUCCCUACUUUUUGUUUAAAGAUAUUUAUUUUAGAAUAUUUUGAAACUGCAGUCUGCCCUGCUUUUCACAAAGGAUUUAUGUUUUCAUUGUAUAGGAAUGUCAGUUUUUGCCACCUAAUUAACUUUGUUUUUCUCUCUUUUUCAACAAUACCAUGAAUGAAAAGAUUAUAUUGAGCUUUGUCCGUCCAAUAGUGAUUGGUGUGACUGAGUCUGUUGGAAUGAACACGAACACUCCUGUGAUAUAAUUUGAGCAUUAAUAUGCAGUAGAAAAUCAAAUGAUUUCAUUGUAUUUCACACCGGAUUUGUUUAAACUAAUGCAAUUUUUAUUUUCUUCUUAUGGUAAUGGGGACGUAAGUCAUUAGGGUGUUCAGUUGAACUGCCACCAACCAAAAUUUGUGUUUUAAUUGCGUCUAUAGUUUAACUGCUCCACAAUUAAUUCAACUUAAUGCACUGGAUCAUUAAAGUGACAAUGCCUGGU